UGAAGAUGAAGGAGUCCAUGCAUGAAUCACCGUUGAAUGUCAAACUAGCACAAGCCGGAGUCCAGUUCCGAGCCGGAGGCUGUGAAGUGCCCGUUGUAGCAGCCUGGGUUGCAACCACCGAGGUAGCAGCUGUGGCUGCAGAGGCAGCGGCGGCGGCGGUGGCAGCGGCGGCGCCAACAGCAACUGCAACUGCAACUGCAACAGUAGCACUAGCAUUAGCUCUGUGGCCGCUGCUGCCACAGUUGCCAUGAGUUGUGCGGAGGUGAUGUAUCACCCUCAGCCAUAUGGAGCAACCCAGUAUUUGCCCAACUCAGUGGCAGCUGCAUCCUGCCCCACAGCUUAUUACCAUACCGCUUCCCAAUCCAGCCAGCAGAAGAAGUUAGCGGUAUACAGCAAGAUGCAGGAGUCUCUGGAAAUGACCCUUCCCAGCAAACAAGAGGAGGAGGAGGAGGAGGAGGAUGAGGAGGAGGAGGAGGAGGAGGAGGAGGAGAAAGACCAGCCUGCCGAGAUGGAGUACCUUAACUCUCGAUGUGUCCUUUUCACUUAUUUCCAGGGAGACAUUGGUUCAGUAGUGGAUGAACACUUCUCAAGAGCUUUGGGUCAACCCAGCAGCUUCCAUACAGAAUCUGCCAUUUCAAAAAGCAAGAUGGGGCUAACCCCCCUAUGGAGAGACAGCUCAACUCUUUCAAGCCAGAGGAGUAGUUUCCCAGCUUCAUUUUGGACCAGCUCUUACCAGCCUCCACCUCGGCCCUGUUUAAGUGGAGUUCACCCAGACUUCUCGGUCACUGCACCAGGCACCUUUGCAGCAUCUGAUCCUGGUCCCUGGCCAGGACACAAUUUGCAUCAGACUGUUCCUCCUCCACCCCCUCCCGUGUCAGAGUCUUGGCACUAUCCACUGACAUCUCAGGUGAGCCCAUCAUACACACACAUGCAUGAUGUGUACAUGCAUCACCAUCAUCCCCAUCCGCACAUGCACCACCGCCACCAUCACCACCCUUCUGCCAGCUCCCACUUGGAUCCGCGCUAUGGCUCUUUGCUGAUGCCUUCAGUCCAUACAGCCAGGAUUCCUGCUCCCCAGUGUGACAUUACAAAGACAGAUCCUACUACUGUUACCACUGCUACCUCAGCAUGGGCUGGAGCCUUUCAUGGAACAGUGGACAUUGUGCCAAGUUUUGGAUUUGAUUCAGGUCUGCAGCACCAGGACAAGGGCAAGGAGUCUCCUUGGUUCUGAAGCACACAACAGCAGCAAAAUAAAGCUGAAUUGGGAAUCCCAGAACAACUGGCAUGGAGCUGUCCUCAGUGUUUUCUUGUUUCUGCAUGAGGACAAGAUACAUACACAUGGAAGGAGAAGAUGAAAAGUCAGCCAUUUUUAUAUUGUUUUUAAGUCUUUUUUUGAGAAGGUUCAAUGGGACCUAGAACAUUGAAAAAAAAAUCUUUUUGUUUAAUUCUUCCCCUAACUGAGUCUGUGCAAGUCUCCUCCUCUUUGAUCUUUUCAACAGCAUGGUUUAUUUUCAUUUAAUUUUGAAUGUUUUGUUGUUGUUGUUGUUGUUGUUGUUUUAAACAAAUCACCUUGUUUGUCAGGAAAAGCCAAACCACAAUGGCAAUGUUCAUCCUUUCAGGAAUACAAUUUUGUAGCUCUCUGUGCAUCUAUUUUUUGUAGAAAUACAGAAGUGUGGUCUUGCAUUGAUGGGCUAUUUUAGAGGGAUGUAUUUUUUUUUAAAUGUAAAAAUUGUUAAGUUCUGUUUAAAGAACUUGCUCUCAGAAAAGCACUGGCAACAAUGUAUAAAAAUGCUUACUUGUAGAUAUCUGUGAUGUGAUGUGUGUCUAUAUUUUUACAGGUUACCUCAAGUGUUUGAUAUUUUCAGUAGCACUAUUGCCAAGCAAAUCUGGUAUAGUUUUCACAUGACAGUGCUUUGAAGGGUUGAAACUUUCAACCCUUGCCCUAGCUUGUACAGCUAUUAGGUGCAUAUAAGGUUUCGGAGAAAAGUUCUUUAAUGUUCAUGGUAGAACAGAAAAUGAAUUAUUUCUUUGGUACUAUAUGAAGAGUUUUCCUAUAGUAUUGUAAUUAUAUUCCCAACUAGUCCAGCCUGCAUCACUGUAUCAAAAUUCAUAUGGGCCCACAAGAGAACUAGUAACCCAUUAGUUCCAGUGGAUCAGCUCCAUUGUUUCAAAUUAGCUGUUCUUGUUAACAUAAAUUCCCGUUGUGUUAAGUGGAUUUCUUUUUCCUGGUAAGAGAUCUAGAGAGGGGAUAUGCAAGUUUUGUAAGCAAGGUGUUCUACAAAUCACAAAGCUAUAAGCUUAAUGGUUAUUUCAUAAGAGUAUUACAAAAUCCAUGUUGUCUUUUUUUUUUCUCCCUCAGAUAUCUGAGGGAGAUAUCUCCCUCAGAGAUAUACUCUGUAAUAUUUCCAGCAUAAGUUUUGCAGUUCUUGAAGUGCAUUCUUUUCUUUCUUAAGUGAAUAGGAAAACCUGUGGGUAUGAUUUGAAACAAGCAAAAAAUUGAUUUGGGUUUUUAAUCAGGAUCACUUAGAAAAGUUAAUAAACUGAAAAUUUGAGGAUUCUGAAGGGAAAGGCACAGAUCAAAUCAGAUGAAAUUUUACUUUUAUGCUAUUGACUUGUAUAGAACAUGGACUGGCAUUGAGAAUCAACCAACAAAAUGAUGUUUUCAAUAUUUGCAAAAGGAAAAUAGGCAUUAAUAUUUCUAAUUUUUUUCAAUAGCUAAAAUAUAAGGCUUGUUUACUUUUUUGGUGACUCAGAGAUGAGCGAAAUUCAAAAAUUAGCUCCAAGAAUUUCUAAGUUUUGCUUGCUGAGAUGAUUUCUCAUUUUCCUCUCUCUUAUGAAAUUCAAAGUACAAUAAAUUACCACUUUAAAGCUUGAAGAAUAUAUUUCUGUGUGUGUGUAUCUAUCUAUCUAUCUAUCUAUCUAUCUAUAGAUAAAUAGAUCUUAGUUUGUUAAAAAUGCCAUAAACUUAGCUAGGGUGGGUUUUCAUAGCUGAUUUUCAAAUCUAUGGUUAUUUUCAACUCUUCUUUUUAUCUUACAAUCUGUAUAUUCUUUCCAAUGUAUUGUUUGGAUUCUAGGCCUUUACCUUGUCCCCUUCCCUUUUUUCCUAUGUCUCUGUUUCAUGAUUUCCUUUCUGAGUGGACACAAUUUUUACACAAUAUGCUCUAAAUUGCCUUCAUUUCUUUCUGGGAUAUAGUCCAAAGUUAGGGUAUCUUCCAUAUAUGGGUAUUAGACAUUAAUAAUAAUAACUAGAUAUUGCUUUAAUUUUUACAAAGUGCUGUACAUAUGUUAUUUCCAUUAUUGUGCUCAUUUUACAUGUAAGGAAACUGAAGCAGAAGUUAAAUGAUGCUAGUACAUGAAAUGGAAUUCAAACUCUCUCCAAGUUGAGUGCUUACUUACAGCCACUUAGCUAUCUCCCACUCAGUAGGAUAUGGGCUUGCCCUUUAGGAAAUUAUAGCCUGGUUAAUGGUGUUGAUUCUGUUAUUCAGAAUGAUAAGUGGAAGCUAUGUUCUGAAGAAACUACAUUAUAAUCAUUCACACAUAUCCUUACAUUUUUUCAGCAUAUGUUUCAACAUCAUUUCUACUCAGCAGUGGAAAAGUCAAAGAUUUAUACUAGAGCCUUGAUCACAAUAUAUUACUAAUUAAUCAUUGGAUUAUCAAUUUGGCAAAGCAAGUUAUAAAAGAGUGUUCCUGAAUGCCCCUUUUCCAAUUCUAUCAAAAAAUAUAGACAUUAUUCUUUAGUUAAGGCAAGAAGUCCUUGAUUCAAGUAUUGUCUCUGAUACCUACUUUUUGUGUUACUCUAAACAAAUCAUUUACUCUAACCAUGUUCUAGGCCUCUCUGUAAAGCUAUAGGUUGCAGAAAAAGUGCCAGACUACAUUAGUAGAAGGAGGUUUCUAAUCAUGGGAAUCACAAGUCAAUCCUUAUUUCCUGGUUAUUUUCUAUAAGUCAAACUUUCUGAACUUGAAUUUCCAUUCUUUUACUAGGUGAGGUAAAAAAUUAAAAAUCAAUGUGUGCUCUGGUUUCUUAAAUAUACAAAUUCAUAAAGAAAUGAGGUGGAUGAUUCUAUAUUCUAUAUAUAUUCUGUAUUUCAUGGAAUUUACUUGUAUUCAUUAGGGACUCCAAAGUUCUGCCUCAAGUAGCUAAUGCAAUUAAUUGACUUAGCAUAUCAAGAUUUGGGAUUUUUUUCUCCCUUGUGCUUUAGAUUUUCUUGGCAGCUAAAUCAAAAAUCAUUGCAUUUGAAAUUGGCCAUUAAUUUACUUAUCUACAAGCUUAAAGAAAGGUGGUAAGAGCUCGUAGGAAAAAAAAAAUCUACAUAUGAGGGGGGGAGAAAUACUAUAAAUAAUUUCAGUCAGUGAUUUACUCAAGUUUAGGAAAGAAGAAACUAUUAGAAGCAGAUGUAUACAAUGUGUCUGUUAUUGAAGAUGGAAAGAGUUCACUAUUACCAUUCCAGUUAUAAAGGAAUAUUGAUGGCAGUUAAAAAUACUAUGAUCAACUUUUCAGGCAGAGGAGAAGGCAAAUACUUUUAAAAGUAUUACUGAAAGUACCUUACCAGUUUUUAUAUAGUAUAAGCAAAUACUCAACCCUUUUAUUAAAUAGGGCUAGAGAUAGUCACCUCUUUAUCAAAGGAUAAGUAGUUCUUAUAUGUUACUUACAUUGGUGUCAGUCAUUAUCUUUGGAGAAAAAUAAUUUUCAUUUUAUAAUAAAAUAACCUUAAAACACUCUUAGACCCAUGAUGAAAACACUAGUCUUUGAAAAUAUUAUUUAUGUGAGAUUACCAUUCACAUAACAGUUGAAACUUAAGAUUCUUUUGAUAGGCUUUUUCUCUAAUCCUUUCUGAGAAUUAAUUGUACCAAAGGCACUCUCUCCACUAUGAUAGAAAUACUAUUAAUAUUUAUCAAAAGGCAUAGACAUUCUUUUAUGUCUUUUAUCUUCCAUAAUAAUAAGAUUUUAAUCUUUAUUUUUUUUUUUUAGUUUUUGUCUAAAAGUGUCAAAAAACUACAUCUACUAAUUUUCUUCUUAUACCUGUCAGUGCAAUUAAUAUGCCCCAAUAAUUCAAUAUGGCUUCUUGCUUCCUCUUUGCUUGCAUCAGUCCUAGAUCAUUAAGUAUAAUGUGCCAAUGUAAGAGCACAUGGGACAUAAAUGAAGGGGACUGAAGACUAUUUAAUAUCAAACAUCAUUCUUUCAAAAAAAUCAAGAAAGAUAUAUUUCAUGCAUGAUCUCUCUUUUAGAAGGAAAAUUCACUUAAUUUUAUAAAACAUAAUCAACAUCAGAACUUUUCUUUGCCCUCUUAAUAGAGUAUAUUUCUUUAUGUAAUGGGUUAGGGCAAUAAUCACUAAUUACUAAUUUAUGUGGAUUUUGAUUUCUGAAAAUAAUUAGAAUCUUGAAAAAAAGCUAAUUCACAAUUGAAAAUCCACACAUACAAUUUUAAAAAGCUACAACACAGAAUUAGGUUUUCCUUUUUAUUCUUAAGGAAGAAUGUUCUCUGGAUUCUUUUUAGUUCUUAACUAUUUGAGUAGGAAAACCAAAAAUGGAAAAAAGAAUUGCUACCUAACAGUGGAAAUGCUAUUAUUUAUAUUAUAUUGCUUUGGGAAACUGCAAGCUAAUAUAGAAAACAUAUUUACCAAUAUAGGCAAAGUAAAUCCAACUUAGGUCUACAAACAGUUUUUUGUACUAGUUGAAGUCUGCAUUUCUAGGAUGGAAGAUUUGCACUUCUCAGCAGCAUUAAAUAUCUAUGAAAUCACAUCAACAGGACUUUUGGUCUCUAGAGUUGGAUUACAAAUGAUGGCAUUUUCUCCAACAAAAAAAAACUACUCCAUAUUCCCCUUGCCUCUACAAAUUCUGAUCAUCCCUUCAAUGAAACUGCCAUUGGUAUAUGUAAAUGAUAUGAAAUGAAGAACUUUGUAUUUAAAAGGUGUCAUUGUUUAAUAAGUAAUUUAAUGUGAAUUUUUAAUGAUUAUAUUUUAAUGUAACAUUUUGUUUUGUUCUGUAUUUCUUGACAAUUAGCUAUUGAGCUCUUGUUUUCUUCAUAUUCAACAAAAGAACCCAUAAAUAUCUUUGUAAGUUGCA